AGGCUCAGUUCUGAGUUGAAUCUCGUCAAGAGUGGGUCGUAAACAGGUUGGCUCAAGACCUUACGGUUUGUGAUCUAAUCACGGGUGUCAGUGUUAUCUUUUCACUCCUGUGUGGUGCAUCCUGGCUGGCCUGACAGGUACCCCUAUCAGUGGUCAGUGUGUCUGAGAGUUGCUGUGAUUUGUGAUAGUGUGAGGAGAGGAUUAGAAAAGGUCAAGGAAGAAAAAUACGGUUACGUAACGGAAUUCCUUCUGCGUGGAGAAUCCUCUUCACCCGCUUGAAAUCCUCUCGACCACAGCAAUCCUUGUGGUUACCUGAUGAAGCUGUAGCAUGUGACAAGGUGUUCACCGUGAAACACAUCCUCCCGUGACAUCAUGCUGCAAUUAGGAAUCCUCCCAGUGGGAGGAAGUGUGAGGAUUAAAUUACUCCUCUUCACUGCACUAAUAACCCUUUCGAACUGCAUUACACCGUCAAUAAUGCCACCACAGAAGCGAGCUGGCAAUUCAGACACAUUCAAGGAUCAUUGCAACAAAACUGUGGACAUCUACGUGGAUGUUGCAUCACCGGAAGUGACCAAUCUCAAUCGAGGGCAACCUCUUACGUGCUGGUAUCGCUUCCGGAGUUUUCGAGGAGCACCCCGAGACUGGGUUCUUCGACUGAGAUUCAACAAAUUCAAAGUCGGCACUCUCAUAAAUGCCACUCACUGUGAUGGAGGAUAUCUGCAGAUUGUGGAUGGUAAUGCUAAGACUGAUGUCUCCAAUCGCCGAGAACCAGGAAUGUUCUGUGGUGAAGCUGAACAACCGCAGACGUUCAUUAGUGAGACUAGCUACGUUAAAAUUCUCUUUCACACUGACAAUUUCACGGAUCAGACAUAUUUCUCAUUCGAAUCGAGAGCUGAACAACAAAUGGAAGUGUAUCUGCGCUAUGGCCAGCAUCCAGAAUUGUAUCCCAAUCGUCGUGGUGAAGUGGUCCAGGGGGCAUACUGUGAACGCGAGUUUAGGGAUUGUCGUCUGCAGACAUGCUACGUCCAGUCGCCGGCAUAUCCUGGUCUAUAUCCCCGAGCUCUGAAAUGUCGCUACCGGCUCCACACGAGGCAACCAUUUAUCAAGCUCUACUUGCAGAACGAGCACUUUGCUGUUGAUGGACAGAGGUGUGAGAAUAUCAUGACGUGUCCAAUGCGUGAAAUAGGGUCUGGAGUUGAACACUGUCCGUUCGAUUGGUUAGCCGUCUAUGAUGGACGCGAUGAACAUGCCUCGCUCAUUGGGCGUUUCUGUGGUAUGGGAAAAUUUCCAUUUAGCAUCAUUGGAACUUCUCAGCACAUGUACGUGGAAUUUGUAACAUCUCCAGCUGGUCCUUUGCUCAAUACGGGAUUCCAUUUUAACGUGGGCAACUGGCCAGGUCAUGUGGAAACAGCCGGUGUGAAAAGUGGUGCAUGUGACUGGCUUCUGAGUUCAGAUGCUCUUCGAGCUACAAGCGCAUCCGAAGGGAUCUUUCUUAGUGUAGCACAUUGGUAUCCACCUAACACCUCAUGCAACUACCACAUCCAAGGCAACGAGGGUGAAGUAGUUCGACUCUACUUUCCCAGUUUCCGUAUUAAUCGCAUCGAGGCUGCCAUUAGAAAGUACGAUGGAGAUUGCGCCGAAUCUCUUACCAUUUACGACUCUGGACGCCCAGAUCCAGCACGGAUCAUCAAGACUUUCUGUGAUACCUUUUCGAGACCAAUGGAAAAGGUGGACUUUGUGAGCACAGGACGAUCCCUUUAUGUACGCUUCGAGUCUCACACUGGAUCCUACAGUGGGAGUUCUCUCUACUACUGGGCACAUUAUGACUUCUUCAAUAAUACAAAGUUUGGAGAUGCUGUGCCAAAUACACUCUGCGAUGAGAUUUUCUAUGCGUGGAAGCUUACAAGGGGUAAACUCAGGUCCCCACUCAAUACCCUUAUCUACAAGAGAACAGCCGGAAGUGACGUCAGGUGCCAAUAUAAAUUCGUCACAGACAAAAGACUCUAUGCAAGAGUUGUUGUAGAAGUUACUGCAGUUUCCUUCAAGGAACUGCCUUACAAUAUGAAUUCUUGCACUCGGUGCCAUGAGGAGCGAGUGGACAAGCUUGUGGUGUGGGAAGAUCGCGAUAAGCAACAGAAUCACCUUGCUUGCUUCUGUGAUAAUAUACCACGAGCUGUUCGGGUAAUAUCAUCCGGAGACCAAAUGAAUCUGGAAAUGAUUGUACAAGGUCAACAUGCGACCGGAUCCUACUUUAAGAAUACCAAUCCACUGUUUGAGGCAAAUUAUGAAUUUGCCCAUGGGCCUCUGUGUGGUCCUAUUACGAUAGGACCGUCUCCAGAUGGUGAGCUGGUAUUUCCCUUUAGGAAUGCCCUUGGAUUACCUGUAUCAGGUGAACACAAGCACGAAAAGUGCAUUUGGGAGCUUCGGGUGGCAUCACAGAGAGAUCUGUGGCUGCAUUUAGAUAAAGCUCGCUUCUCGGAGAGAUCUUGCGAUCAGGGUCGUAUUGAAGUGUACCUGGCAGGACGUCUAGAGCCACGAUUUAUCAUAUGUCCUGACAAUACCAGUUUGGCGCGUGAUCUUCCAAUUCUGUCUGCAGCAGAAUUAGGUGCUCUGGACAAUGAAAAUGAACCUCUACCGGUACUUAUUCAGUACAUUGGAGACAAUACACCUGGACGUAAUGCUUUUCGCCUUGUAUGGACAGAAUUGUUCCAUUUGCCACGGAAUGCCGAUGGUACUCUUGCUACAUCAAUGCUUCAGGGUGGCGAUUGUGAUUUCCGUUGCCCGGGAGAUACUUCUGUUUGUAUUCCCAAACAUUUAGUAUGCAAUGGUAUCAUGAACUGUCCAAAUGUCACAGUUACUCUCACGAAUCUCGAAAAAGUGGCUCAGUAUAUCGAGGAGAAUCUCAUACGUUUGGGAAUUUAUGAUGAUCACCUCAAGACACUCACCCAUCUCACGGACGAAUCACCAGAGAUCUGCAACAGAACCCCACCUGAGGACUUACCUUACUUCAAGUUGCUGCUCAUCGCAGCAGGUCUCAGUCUCCUUCUGGCCAUAUUCCUUGCCAUUCUUUGUCGUAUGUGCCGACGAAAGUAUUAGAACAGGCGCGUCUAGAAUACCCUUCAGGGUGAUAAUAAAAUACUCCUGAUUUGUAUUUAUCACAAAAAAAAAACUAGUGAUUCUAUUGACUCACAAUGUAGAUUUUUAGAUGAAAAAAAAAAUGGUAAAAGAGUUGAUGUCUAUGAUUCCACGGGAAAAUUUAAUAAUUCUUUAUUUAAAUAUAAGCUACUCGACAAAUCCAAAUUCAUCUUUUUAAGUUUUACUGUGUUAUCACACUUUCACAUUAAAAUUUUAAUAUGAUUCACAUUAAUUGUCGCUGGUGAGAGUCCAAAUGUGUAAUUUGUGUAUUUCAAUAAUUUUAUAUUCAAAAUUUGAUCUAUUUGUUGAUAAAAAGGUAGACUUGGCCCGCAAAAUUUGAUAUAAAUUGAUUUAUAGCAAUAAUGUGAAAAAUUAAUGCGAUUUUCUCUUCAAUUUUUUAAUGUGAAAAAUAUUUACGCUUUAGGUAAAUUUAAACUUAUUUUUGCAGGCCAAGUCCACUUCUUUAUCAAUAAAUAGAAAAACCCCAAAUAUUAAGUGACUCAAAGACACAAAUAACAUAUUUGGACGCUCACAAGCGACAAUUAAUGUGAAUCACAUUAAAAUUUUAAUGUGCAAUUGUGAUAACGCCGUUAAAGAGAUAUUGUGUUCCAUUCCAUUUUAUCUUAUAAGUCAAACAUGAACUGCCAAAAGUAAAGUUUAUAUACAACAAUGAAAAUAUUUUAUUUAGAAUAAUAUUUUUGUGAAGAAUGGAGGUAUGACACGCCUUACGCAUUAUCGUGAAAAGUAUGAGCAAUAAACUUAUCGUUUCCAACCCGUGAGCAUCUAAUAGAAAUUGUUAAUAGAAGAUUAGGUAUGACUUCAAAUGAGCGUGGCUUUCUUUUCUUAAAAUCGUUUACUCUUCAGAAAAGUAAUAUUGGACUUCCUGAGUAAGUUUAUUGGAUAAAAAAAAAGAAAGCAGCUCUCGUUUGAAGCACUCCCUAACUGUGUUAUCACACUUGCACAUUAAAAUUUUAAUAUGAUUCACAUUAAUUGUCGCUGGUGAGAGUCCAAAUGUGUAAUUUAUGUGUUUGAAUCAUUUUAUAUUCAAAAUUUGAUCUAUUUGUUGAUAAAAAGGUAGACUUGGCCCGCAAAAUUUGAUAUAAAUUGAUUUAUAGCAUUAAUGCGAAAAAUUAAUGCGAUUUUCUCUUUAAUUUUUUAAUGUGAAAAAUAUUUAUGCUUUAGGUAAAUUUAAACUUAUUUUUGCAGGUCAAGUCCACUUCUUUAUCAAUAAAUAGAAAAACCCCAAAUAUUAAGUGACUCAAAGACACAAAUAACAUAUUUGGACGCUCACAAGCGAAAAUUAAUGUGAAUCACAUUAAAAUUUUAAUGUGCAAGUGUGAUAACGCCGUAAGACUAACUUUUAUCCUCAAUUGUUUGUCAAUAUUUUAAAAAUAUUGAACAAUUAAAAAAAAAAGUCAUUUGGAAAAAGAAUGGCAAAAUUUCAACAACCAAAAAAAAUUAAAAAGCCCUUGAGGAUAGAGAAUAUGUAUGAAAAUCAUCUCAAUUUACAGAAGCUGUAAAGAUCUUUUUUACGACUUCUGCACGACUUAUUCAAGUCGUCACACAUCAACACAUUAAAGUGAUAAAAAAAUAAUUGUUUGCCACGAUUUUUCACAUUUAACUGUAGAAUAUAUCACUUCAGAUGCGUGAGUGACAAACCACAAAAAAAUUAGAAAAGAAUGUAAGAAAAUUCACUUGCACAGAUAUUUAAGGAGAAUUCAUUAGAUUUUAUUGUGUAAAUAGAUGAAUAGAGAGAGAAUCUCAUUCCGUCUCAACUACAAUUUGAAAAUUUAUUAAGUGAUUUCCCUUCCUGCAGCUAGAAAAAUGAAUGUUGUUGGAAUGAAGAAAAAAAUAGAGAAAAAUUUUAAAUAUAAAAAUUAAAAUACUCUUUAUUUUUUAAAAAUGUGGUAACACUGAUGAGAGUGACAAAAAUGAUAAAAAAUAAUCUUAUGAUUUUAGAGAUGUUAUAAAUAAAAAUUGAGAAAAAAAUAGAAAGUUAUUCCUUAAAAAAAUAACAAAAA